GGGGUGGGACGACGGCUGUAGAGGCAGCGCGCUUGCCGGUAUCCUCGUUGUGGUCUCUCUCGGCGGUGGCGGUGUUUGCCUCGGCAUCUCUCCUGCACCCCAGCCGCCUCCUAGCGGCCUGGCGCCCACUCCUAAGCUUAAAAUGACGAAUGUGUGAUUUCAGUGGAAUAAAUGGCGUCCAAAGUCACUGAUGCUAUAGUCUGGUAUCAAAAAAAGAUUGGAGCAUAUGAUCAACAAAUAUGGGAAAAAUCUGUUGAACAAAGAGAAAUCAAGGGCUUAAGGAAUAAACCAAAGAAAACAGCGCAUGUGAAACCAGACCUCAUAGAUGUUGAUCUUGUAAGAGGGUCUGCAUUUGCUAAGGCAAAACCUGAAAGUCCUUGGACUUCUCUGACUAGAAAAGGAAUUGUUCGAGUUGUAUUUUUUCCCUUUUUCUUCCGGUGGUGGUUACAAGUAACAUCUAAAGUCAUCUUUUUCUGGCUUCUUGUCCUUUAUCUUCUUCAAGUUGCUGCAAUAGUAUUGUUCUGUUCAGCUUCUAGCCCACAUAACAUACCUCUGACAGAAGUGAUUGGGCCGAUAUGGCUGAUGCUGCUCCUGGGAACUGUGCACUGCCAGAUUGUUUCAACAAGAACACCCAAGCCUCCUCUAAGUACAGGGGGUAAAAGAAGAAGGAAAUUAAGAAAAGCAGCCCAUUUGGAAGUACAUAGGGAAGGAGAUGGUUCUAGUACCACAGAUAAUUCACAGGAGGGAGCAGUUCAGAGCUACGGUACAAGCACCUCAUACAGCGUUGGCGCAGUCUUCAGAGAUCUCUGGCACGCUGCUUUCUUUUUAUCAGGAUCAAAGAAAACAAAGAAUUCAAUUGAUAAAUCAACUGAGACUGACAAUGGGUAUGUAUCCCUUGAUGGGAAAAAGACUGUUAAAAGCAGUGAAGAUGGAGUACAAAGCCAUGAACCUCAGUGUGAAACUAUUCAACCAGAAGAGACAGCCUGGAACAAAGGAACACUGAGGAGCAUUCCCAACAAAGAUACCCAAAGGACAAGAACCAAUGUCUCUGAUGAAGUCUCCAGCGAGGAAGGUCCUGAAACAGGAUACCCAUUACGCCGUCAUGUGGACAGACCUUCUGAGAGCAUUCUUCGGAAUAGGAAGUCGCACCAUUAUAAGAAACAUUACCCUAAUGAGGAUGCCCCUAAAUCGGGUACUAGUUGCAGCUCUCGCUGUUCAAGUUCCAGACAGGAUUCUGAGAGCACAAGGCCAGAAUCUGAAACAGAAGAUGUGUUAUGGGAAGACUUGUUACAUUGUGCAGAAUGCCGAUCAUCUUGUACCAGUGAGACAGAUAUGGAAAAUCCUCAUAUUAAUCCAUGUGUGAAAAAAGAAUAUAGAGAUGAUCCUUUUCACCAGAGUCAUUUGCCCUGGCUCCACAGCUCCCACCCGGGAUUAGAAAAAAUAAGUGCUAUAGUGUGGGAAGGCAAUGACUGUAAGAAAGCAGACAUGUCUGUUCUUGAAAUCAGUGGAAUGAUAAUGAACAGAGUGAAUAGCCAUGUACCAGGAAUAGGAUACCAGAUUUUUGGAAAUGCAAUCUCUAUCAUCCUGGGUUUAACUCCAUUUGUUUUCCGACUCUCCCAAGCUACAGACUUGGAACAACUCACAGCACAUUCUGCUUCAGAACUUUAUAUGAUUGCAUUCGGUUCUAAUGAAGAUGUCAUAGUUCUUUCUAUGGUUAUUAUAAGUUUUGUGGUUCGUGUGUCUCUCGUGUGGAUUUUCUUUUUUUUGCUCUGUGUAGCAGAAAGAACUUAUAAACAGCGCUUACUUUUUGCAAAACUGUUUGGACAUUUAACAUCAGCAAGGAGAGCUCGAAAAUCUGAGGUUCCUCAUUUCCGGUUGAAGAAAGUACAAAAUAUAAAAAUGUGGCUAUCUCUUCGGUCCUAUCUUAAGCGUCGAGGUCCUCAGCGAUCAGUCGAUGUAAUAGUUUCCUCUGCUUUCCUGUUGACUAUCUCAGUUGUAUUUAUCUGUUGUGCCCAGUUGCUUCAUGUGCAUGAGAUCUUCCUUGAUUGUCAUUACAACUGGGAACUGGUAAUCUGGUGCAUCUCGUUAACCCUUUUCCUCCUAAGAUUUGUUACCCUUGGAUCAGAAACAAGUAAAAAAUAUAGCAAUACCUCAAUAUUACUUACUGAACAGAUAAACCUAUACUUGAAAAUGGAAAAGAAACCUAACAAAAAAGAGGAACUGACACUAGUGAAUAAUGUUUUGAAACUGGCUACUAAACUGCUAAAGGAGUUGGACAGUCCCUUUAGGUUAUAUGGGCUCACAAUGAACCCACUGCUUUAUAACAUCACCCAAGUUGUCAUCCUGUCAGCCGUUUCUGGGGUUAUCAGUGACUUGCUUGGAUUUAAUUUAAAGCUGUGGAAGAUUAAAUCAUGACAAUUCAGAGAAAAAGAAGAUAUAGCCUCUUUUCCGGAAUAAGAGUACCAACUUAGCUGCCUGAACGUAGUCACUGAGUCUUUGCUUCAGCAGUCUCAGCUGGGAAAUUGAAGUGUUUACAUCACACUGUCUUGUGCAAUCCUUAUAUUUAUUUUACUUGUUCACUGUUUUUUUACAUUUACUUUAGUCUUUAUAUUUUGUUUUUAGCAUUGAUGUGUACUUAGUUGUUGAUGAAAAGGGUGAUAAAACUGAUAUCCAGAUACUUGAGAUCCUGGUAAUUGUUCAUAAAUAAUUGACAAAACAACAAAUUGUGAGAAUAGAAGCCAUCACUAAGCACUGUUUCUCCAUCAAUGCCGUGAACUUGCCUUACUUGAGAAAAACUUCUUCAAUUUUGGAAUAAUUGCAUGGGACUCAGCUUAACCCAUAAAACGUUUUCUUCAGUAAAUCAAGAUCCAGUCAGGGUUUCUCUUGAAUUAUUUUGGGACGAUGCCAGGAUCUAAACUGAUUAAGCUGCAGUUAAGCACCCUUCAGUAUUAAUAUAUAUGGUAUUACAUAACAGGUCAACAAAGUGCUCUUUGAUGAUAAAACUCUUAAUAGAGCAAUAAUUGUAAAUGGUUACCAUACUGUAAGAUAUUUUGAUAAAAAUUUACUAGUGAUAAUUGUAUUUAUUUGAAACACUGGGCUGUUUGCACAGCUCUAACUGUGCAUGCUCAAAAUGUGCACUUUUUAAAAUUGUUACUUUUAAUGCGUUUCUUUAUAUGGGAUAUGUUAUAGUGUACUAGGGCAUGAUAUGGUAUCUUUUUGAGUGAGGUAUAUACUCAUCUCACAAGUGAAGUGCCUAUUGAUAUUACUAAAGUACGUUAUGUUUACUCAAGUAAAAUAUUUUUCUCCCCAUGGUACGCUGUAGUGUAUGCUCUUCAUACCACACUCAAGUGAACAACUUAAGAACCAAUAAAAUAUUCCUCUUAUUGAUAGUUAUAAAAGUACUGUACACCCAAAUUUUCAGAAGAGGCAACCUCAGCUUGCAAAUUGUAUCCUCUAAACUUAAUCUGGUAUAUCCCCUCCUCCCCAUCAUCACCCAGUUAUAUAAGGGCUAUUUUAGAUGUUUUUAACCUGGAAAAUUAACUCAUCGCACCAAUCCCCAUCACAACCCCCAGAUAAUUUGCCAAGUGUCCAAAUGAAAACUUACUGUGUUGGCACAUUAGGUAAAUAGGGCAAAUAUGAUGGUAUCUUAUUAGGCCUUGAUUUUAAGUUGUUAUAUUUGUACAAUCAAGCAUAUUUUAGAAAAUAAUUGAAACAUGAAAUGUAUUGCAAUUCUUUUUAAACUGGGCAUCUAGUUUCUAAAACAAUUUAUUUGAAGCAAUUUAGAUUUUUCUUGGUGCAAGGUGUAUCAUGUUGAAUAUCCUCACAUUUUUAAAAACAUUUUAGGGAUUUUAAAAUAAUGAAUUGUAAAAUUAUGUAUUUGAUUGGUGCAGUUUUAAUCCCCAAAUCAUAAUAUUAAGAUUGGGAAUGUGUAGAGAACAGAGCCAUGUCAUGAUGUCACUGUGUUCUUACCAUUCCUUUUCAUCAGCCUCAGUUCAGCUGCUGUACUAUAUUUUUUUCUGUAGAAAACAACAAAAACAUUUUGUUUUAUUUGCCUAUGUUCUAGUAUGUUUAAU